CCAGAUGCAGAGGCCUAUAUGAACUUCAUGAAGAAACACAGCUGUUAUGACGCUAUUCCUACUAGCUGCAAACUCGUGAUUUUUGACACCACAUUACAGGUAAAGAAAGCCUUUUUUGCUCUGGUGGCCAAUGGCCUGAGAGCUGCUCCACUCUGGGACAGCAAGUUACAGAGGUUUGUUGGUAUGCUGACAAUCACUGAUUUUAUAAACAUUCUCCAUCGUUACUAUAAAUCUCCCAUGGUUCAGAUCUAUGAACUUGAGGAACACAAGAUCGAGACAUGGAGAGAUGUAUAUCUGCAGUGUUACAACCACUGUCUCAUUAGCAUCACUCCAGAUGCAAGCCUCUUUGAUGCCAUCUACUCCCUCCUAAAAUAUAAGAUUCACAGACUGCCGGUCAUCGACCCUGAGUCAGGAAAUGUGUUGCACAUCCUGACACACAAGCGAAUCCUCAAGUUCCUUCAUAUAUUUGGAGGGACGGUUCCUAAACCAGGUUUUCUGCAGAAGAAGAUUAAGGAUGUGGGAAUAGGGACGUUCAAAAACAUCGCCACCGUGUCACAAAACGCCACGGUCUAUGACGCCCUGUCUGUGUUUGUGGAGAGGCGUGUGUCUGCCCUCCCAGUGGUUGAUGAGGGGGGGAAGGUGGUUGCACUUUAUUCCAGAUUUGAUGUAAUUAACCUGGCAGCACAGAAAACCUACAACAACUUGAACAUGACGAUGCAGGAGGCAGUGAGAAGGCGAUCGUGUUUUGUGGAGGGUGUAAUUAAGUGCUAUCCUGAUGAGACCUUGGACACCAUCAUCGAUCGCAUUGUUAAGGCAGAGGUUCAUCGGCUGGUUCUGGUGGACAAAGAUGACGUGGUUUGUGGGAUUAUCUCUCUUUCAGACCUGCUGCAGGCCUUGGUACUGUCUCCAGCAGGUAUUGAUAAAAAACAAAACAAAACAUGAUUUGAAUACAUCUUGUAUUUUUUACAUAUACAGAUUUUCAUGUAAGUCUAGUUUUUUGACAGAGGGUUAAUGGGAUGUGCCAUUGUCUGCUUUUAGGGAUGUUUUGGGAAAAAAAAAAAAAGAAAAACUUGCGUGGCUUCCCCCAUUUAACUCACAACAAUAUAAUCCUUACAGCAUUUUAUCAUGCACAGUUAUGGCACAUUAAAAAAAAAUAUAUCCUGGAAAAAACUAACCCUGCUGUGAAACUGUAGCUUGUUUUUUUGUUUUUGUUUUUUUUGUCACUUUUUCGAGAAGUCUAACAGCUUAGAUUCGCAUUAACGAACUGAGGUCGUCUCCAGUUUCGCACUUAUUUUGACCACAGGACCAUACAGCUAACUCUGGGGUUAGGUCACGGUCAGCCUGUAAAUGUUUGGAAGCACUUCUUAAACCCGUCACCCCACCCCACCCCGACUCCCCUCUCCUCCCCACCCAGACAAGAUUUACAGUGUCCUCUUUUGCCACCGCAAUAUUUUAGCACAGUGGAUGUUUUACUGAGUGGGGAGUUUGGCAGUCUGCUGGUACAUGAGCAGACCUAAUCAAAUGGACCCUUGAAAGUGUUCCUUAGUCAUCCCAUUUACAUAAUACUGUGUGCAAGUGAAAAGAAAAACAGAAAAUUGCAUGACACCGGUUUUUCACUUUCUUUCUUUUUUUUUUUUUUUUGAGUGGCGUCUCACAAUUACAUGUACUACUGCUCUCCAGGAAAAAAAAAUCCCCUGUCUUUGGAAGUCACUUUAAGACUUAAAUAAAAAAAAGAUCUUUAUCGGAGCAGAUAGGAGACAUUGCUAUGGAAUAUAAAUGAACUUGUUGAUAUGUAAAUGUAAAUCACGUACAAUGACCUUGUUCAAACAAUUGUUUCUUCACACUACAAUGUAAUGCUUUUAAUGUACAGGUAACAAAUGUUGGACGUUUUAAUUCUGGUGAUAGCUCUGUUGUGUUUUCUUUCUUUCAUUCGUUCACAGCUCAUGAAAAAUGUUUCAUUGUAAAGAAUGGCGUGGCAAGGGGGAGAGGAUAAUCGACUUUUUUAUUUUAGUUUAAUUAGUAGUAAUUAUUUGACGAAAAAUGCCUGUGCACUGAGAUUGUGAAUAUGAAAACGAAAGAUUUAUAAUUCUGCUGACUGAAGCCUCACUAGCACUCAUCUGAAUUCUUUUACAGGUUCUGGGUUGUACUGUGUUCUCGGAAAAUUAAUUUUAAAUAUUAAGAAUUCAAACUAUUCAGGUAGAAAUCUGAAAAUCACAUUGAUACAAAUACAAUCAGUCUGUUAUGUUUAACUGUUCAGAUGUUCCCAAAAUGGUUAACUGUCCUCAGAAGAAGGAAAUGUUGUUUUGUGCUGCAGUCGUUCUAUAUUGUUUUCUGUUCAUUGCAAGAUCUUUUUUUUUUUUUCUGUUACAGUCCUGCUAGACAGAAAUGAAACAAGUCAGCAAUGUUGUUUUUGGAGACAAUAUUUACAGCGAUGGUUUAUGUUAACAUGCCAUAGAUAUAUUGUGUUUUGCUCAUGCUUUUAUUGCGUCUUGAUCUA